AUGAAUACAUCGUCAGGUAAUACCAACUCAAAGCACAACUCCCAUGGUAAUAUUGUGUCUGGUACAGUGCAGGCAGAAGGUGUAAGACCAGUUGACACCAUCGCAUAUCUUGAAGACAAGAUUGAUCGCUUAAAUGAAGAGAUUGGGUUCCUUAAACAAGUGGUUGAUUUCCAAGGAUCGAAAAUUGACAAGUUGGCAUCGAUAGUGUCGCAAGUGUUUGAAAAGAAGAGCCAUCAACACAACCAUCAGGACGAAGUAUUGACCACGUUGCAAGGCAUGCAGGAUGACGUGGUGGACCACGAUCAAGUUAAUGAAGUACAAAGACAGGUCAAUCAGUUGCCCCACAACCAAGAUAUAGGUGCCGGUGCUGGACCUAUCGAGAGUAAUAUGGAUCCGGCGUUGCAGCAAGUAGCAGUUGCUGCUGCGGCAUUGCAACAGCAACAGCAGCAGCAGCAAGUGUCGCAGCAACAACAACAACAACAACAACAGCAGCAGCAGCAGCAGCAGCAACAGCAACAACAAACACAAGAACAACCGCCGCGUAAAAAGAGAAAGUCAAAGAAGAAGGAGGCUAGACAAGGAGCAGUACCCAAGAUUGUGGUUGACUUUUUGCACAAUCCAAUGUCAGUCAAGGAAAUAUAUGAUGAAUUCACCAAGGGGUUCAAAGGUCAAAUUCCAUUAAACCAAAUGGAUGAAAAGUACGGUAAACAAGAGUGGAGAGGUGAUUCUAGAUCCAAAGAGUCCAAGAGAUAUCAGAGAAGAAAGAAGUUGUGUGAUGCCAUUGAUCGUGGGACUAUAAAGUAUAACAAGACCGUUGACGAAAUCAUUGCUUAUAUUGAAGAGUUUAGAGCGGAUAAAUCUUUGACGUGGAUAAUGAACGGGAACCUACCUAGUGAUUUAGAAGCCUGA